UCUAUUUUGUGGUCCUAGCAAUCUUAGGAGUGGCAUCUGCAAACUAUGUAGUUGACUACCAGUAUGGAGCGGCAUUUUCAAACGUGAGAGUUGACUAUCAGUAUUUUCGGCAAGAGGAUAUUGAGGUUGAUGCCAAUCUGAGAACGCUGGACUUGGUCAGGAAAUAUGGUUAUCCAUCAGAGACUCACUUUGCGUACACCCUCGAUGGCUAUAAACUUAGUCUACACCGAAUUCCAGCUCCCUCGGGUAUACCCAUUCUUUUGGUCCAUGGUCUCAUGUCCAGCUCAGCCUCUUGGGUGCAAUUCGGUCCGUCCACUGGCCUGGCCUAUCUCCUGUACCAGAAAGGUUACGAUGUUUGGAUGCUUAAUACCAGGGGUAAUAUUUACUCCCAAGAACACAACGAGAAACGCAUUGGGGAUUCAAGCUACUGGGACUUUUCUUUUCACGAUAUCGGUCAGUAUGAUAUACCCGCUGCCAUCGAUUACAUCUUGGCGAAGACCAACAGGCUGGACCUCCAGUACAUAGGACACUCACAGGGUUCCACCGCAUUCUAUGUGAUGUGCAGUGAAAGACCCGAAUACGCCGCCAAGGUCAAGCUCAUGCAGUCCUUGUCGCCAGCAGUCUUUGUGAGAAAUGCCAUCAGCCCAGCCCUCAAGUUCCUGAGUGGGUUUAAAGGAGGCUUAAAUACAGUAUUUAGUCUCCUGGGGGGCUACAAAAUCACUCUACACAACAAGCUCAUAGAUAUGUUUAGAAAAAACAUUUGCUCUGCCAACCUAGUUACGAGUCGCAUUUGUGCCAUCUUUGAAUUCGUGGUCUGCGGCUUUAAUUGGCGGAACUUUAACCAGACACUCUCCGCCAUCGUGGAAGGCCAUGCCUCGCAGGGCGGCUCCGCUAAGCAGAUCUAUCACUAUGCCCAAAUGCUAGGCAGAUCUAUUUUCCAGCGCUACGAUUACGGGUUGAUUCUGAACAGAAUUCGAUACAAAUCUAACUAUCCGCCCAGCUACAAUCUCUCGCAGGUGAGCGGUAAGGUGGCUAUCCACUAUGGCGAAGGCGAUUGGGUGGGAUCAGAGUCCGAUGCGGUCCAACUCCAGCAGAGUCUGCCCAACUGCAUUGAAAACAGGAAAAUAAAUUCCCAGGCCUUCGCCCAUUACGACUUCAUAAUCUCGAAGGACGUUCGACCACUGGUCUAUACUAGAAUCAUUAACCUUUGCGAUUCAAACCGUUAGAUGUUUGAAAAUUAAACCAAAUAAUUAAUAAUAUGUGAAGUAUUUAGUAACAAAUUAAUAAAGUUUGGCAUUCACAUAA